UUUAUUUGAUUUGGGUUUAUCUUUGUUUUAUUUAACCCCACUUGGGGGGAAAAAAAAAAAAGAAAAAGAAAAGAAAGGAAACAAACCCCAAAACCCAAGCAAGCUGCUGCCGCUCCCCGCACCGACCCCCGCGGCGGGCUGGAGAGGCUGAUGCGGCCGUUAAGGGAGAGGAUAGUGGUUAAAGCUCGAGCUGGAUGGAUGGGUAUGGGGAGAGGGGCAGGAUCCACAGCCCUGGGACUUUUCCAAAUCCUCCCUGUCUUUCUCUGCAUCUUCCCUUCAGUGACAUCUCCAUGCAAGAUCCUCAAGUGCAACUCUGAGUUCUGGGCGGCCACGUCGGGCUCGCACCACCUGGGCACGGAAGAGGCGCCCGAGUUCUGCACGGCGCUGCGUGCCUACGCGCACUGCACCCGCCGCACCGCCCGCACCUGCAGGGGCGACCUGGCCUACCACUCCGCCGUGCAUGGCAUAGAGGAUCUGAUGGUGCAGCACAACUGCUCCAAGGAUGGCCCCACGUCCCAGCCCCGGCUCCGGACGCUGCCCCCCGGCGACAGCCAGGAGCGCUCCGACAGCCCCGAGAUCUGCCACUACGAGAAGAGCUUUCACAAGCACUCGGCCGCCCCCAACUACACCCACUGCGGGCUCUUCGGGGACCCCCACCUCAGGACUUUCACAGACACCUUCCAGACCUGCAAGGUGCAAGGGGCUUGGCCUCUCAUAGACAAUAACUACCUGAAUGUCCAGGUCACCAACACGCCGGUGCUGCCUGGCUCCAUGGCCACCGCUACCAGCAAGCUCACCAUCAUCUUCAAGAGCUUCCAGGAGUGCGUGGACCAGAAAGUGUACCAGGCGGAGAUGGACGAGCUCCCUGCCGCCUUCGCCGACGGCUCCAAGAACGGUGGGGACAAGCACGGAGCCAACAGCCUGAAGAUCACUGAGAAGGUGUCAGGGCAGCACAUCGAGAUCCAGGCCAAGUACAUCGGCACCACCAUCGUGGUGAGGCAGGUGGGCAGGUACCUGACGUUCGCCGUGCGCAUGCCGGAGGAGGUGGUGAACGCGGUGGAGGACCGGGACAGCCAGGGCCUCUACCUGUGCCUGCGCGGCUGCCCGCUCAACCAGCAGAUUGACUUCCAGGCCGUGCGCUCGGCUCAGGCCACCGAGGGUCGCGCUCGCAGGAAGGGGCCCAGCCUGCCCGCCCCUCCCGAGGCCUUCACCUACGAAACGGCCACGGCCAAGUGCAGGGAAAAGCUGCCCGUGGAGGACCUCUACUUCCAGUCCUGCGUCUUCGACCUCCUCACCACAGGGGAUGUCAACUUCAUGCUGGCUGCUUACUAUGCCUUUGAGGAUGUGAAGAUGCUUCACUCCAACAAAGACAAGCUGCACCUCUAUGAAAGGACACGGGACCUGGCCCCGGGCAACACGGCUCCCUCGGGGACCUCCGCUGCCCUCUGGGUGCUACUGCUGUGCUUGUGUCAGUGUUGGUUGUGCUUGUUGUAGAGGUUUGCUCCUUCACACCAUGGAAAGGUGAGCAGGAGGGAAGCAGGGAUGAGAUGACGGUGCAGGACAGCCAGAGGCUGGAUAUCAGAGCUCCUCCGUCUGGCACCAGGGCCUCCACCUUCCCAGCUGGUGGGUGGGAAGAAUGUGCUGCCUGUGAGACCAGUCAGGAGAUUUUGCUGGACUGUCUCUUGCCUGGACCUUCUCACCUCCUCUUCUCUCAGUAGUGUGGGUGCUGAGCAGCCUCCACCUCCCUGCAGUGCUCCCCCAGGUGCCAGAAAUGCAGAUGGCCACUGUGACACUGGCGUGCGUGAAUGUGGCUUUGUCGCGGGAGAGCAGAGCCCGUGAGGAGGACACCGAGCAGCGAGCCAGGGCCAAGCCUGGCCAGCACAGCAGGGCUGGGUUCCUGCGUGCUGGGGCCGCACUCAGCCCGUGGCCUACUUGUUGCAGAAGGUGAUGCCAGGGGCUGGAAUGCUGGGGAACGGCCCCACGCUUGCCUGGCCAGCAGUGCCAGUGGUGAGGACAUGUUCCUCAAGCCUCAGCUCGCGUUUGCUGGAGUGAAAAGGGCAUCUCCUGUUGUAGCCAGUUCAUUCAGCUGGGUCGCUCAAAGGUUUUAUUCCUGGCUCCCUUAUCUCUGCCUGGACCCACUGAGGACUCUUGAUGGCAACAGGAGAAACCUGGCCAGUAUUCAAGCGGUUUCUGCGCCUCCUGCCCAGUGCUGGAUGAGUCCCUUGCACCGUUUGCCCUCCAGUCCCCUCGGGCUGGGAGCGGGGAGGCUGCUCAGUGGGAGAGCCAAGCUGCAGCUGGCUCCAGCUCUGCGCCCUCUGGCCUGCCUGUGGCCCGGCCAGGCCCUGGGAUGGAGCGGGAGCGGCGCGCUCUGUUUGUUUGCUGCUAGGCCUCUGCUCCGCUCCUCAUCCUGUGAGGCUGUGACUUGCAACCCCAUUGCAGACCAGUUGCACCUUAAGACCUCCUGGGCUUGAAUCAGAAAUGGGGCAAUGUUAGGAAUCCAGCCAGGAGACAGGAUGCAGCAGAGGACCCCCCCCCCGGCUGCCUCUGAACCUCUGUUCCCUGCCUCAAAACCGUUGAUAAUCAUCUUCACCACGUAGUGCUGCCCAUCUCCUCUCCAUCUUCCUCUGUGCUUCACCUCAUCACUGGCUGAACAAACAGCAAGACCACCCUUGGUCUGGAUCUUGGAGACCUCCUGAUGAAUUUCCCCUCCUCUCCUCAGGGGGAACUUCCCAGAAACAGGCCUCAAAACGCAUCACUCUUGGGGCCAUCUCCUCUCGAGGUCUGAUGAGGCAAACUAGCACCAAAAGGGGUGGGAACAGGCUACCUUUGGCAGUCUGAACUGGUGCCAUGAGGCAGUCUGGUGUAAAUACUCAAAGUGACUUAACUUUGUUGUGUCCUAACAGCUCUAGAGCUCCAUUUGUAAAGCAGCAGAGAAAUGCAAACUUGUGUCCUUGGAUGUAAUUUAUAUUGUCUCUUUAAUAUAUAGAGCCCUGGCAUUGAUCUCGUGUGACUGUACAGAUGAAGAGAUGUAAUUGGUUUCUACGUGUUUAAGGAAAGAAAAGAAACAAAAAAAGAUGUGUUUACUACUUUGCUCCUUGCUUUGUUUGCUGGUGCCCCCCAGGUGUUCUGGUUAGGGAGCUUUGGAAGUCACAGGAUGGGCAAGAGUUUGGAGGCACUGAGAAGAGCAACCACUGGACCGUGGCACAGGGCAGUUUAGUCUCCCAAUGCACUAAUUGCUCAGCCAAGCUGGUUUGGGCUUUUUGUUCAAGAAAGAACCAAGUCUUUUCUUUCCCAUGAAACUCAACAUUCAGGUUUUCAAAGCCAAAAGUUGUCACCUUGGUUUCUUGCUGUGUUAACCCAUGGGUGACAGCAGCUGAGAGAUGCGUCCCUGUGAAGACAGGGUGCUUGCAACAGGACAGAGGGAUGGGGUUAAGACUAGAGAAGGGGAGGUUUAGACUAGAUAGAAGGAGCAAAUUUCUCACAGAGUGGUUAGACAUCAGCACAGGCUAUGUGGAGAGGUGUUGGAUGCCCCAUCCUGGUUCAGAUGGAGCUCUGAACAACCUACUCAAGGUGAAGAUGUCCCUGCCCAGUGCAGGCGGUUGGACCAGGUGAAGUGCCCUCCAACCCAAAGCAUUCUAAGCUAGAUUGUGCCAAUCUACUUCCCCCAGGACUCUCCCUCUCCUGUAAAGCAAUCAUCCAGCACGGUGCUGCUAGGGGUGAUGUGCAGCCAAGGAAAGUCUCUCUGACCAUGGUGUGGUUCAGUGCCACUGUCCAGUGGUGGCCAGCUGCCAUCUAGGGGCUGGGGCAUCCCUUUUUUGUUUUAGCAGCAAACAGUCAAGCACUUUAUUUUGGUUAUGUUUGACCCAGUUCUGGUUUAAAGGUGAAGUGUGGCCAAGACAGGCUCAAUACUUGGAAACAAACAAAUACAUAGGCAAAGUGGGGGAGGGAGGGGGAGGAGAAGGCCUCUCCCCACCUCCUCCCUGUGAUGAGACCCACAGGAGUGUCACCACCUGUAUAUACUGUAAAUUAUUUAUUGAAACACAAGUAAAGUUUGAGGGUUUUUGACAA